AGGAGGAAAGACUGCAGAGAGGGAGAGAGACUGAAGUGUUGGAAAUACGCUGCAUCUGUUUACUGACACAGAAAUAAUCUCUGGGAUCACUUCAGGCCUCAGAACAGCUUAACACUGGAUGGCAAUGGCGCUGCCUGCAGCCUUUCUAUCUGAAGACCAGUUCACCUGCUCCAUCUGUCUGGAUGUGUUCAGGAACCCAGUCUCAACACCAUGUGGCCACAGCUUCUGCCAGGCCUGCAUCUCUUCCUACUGGGAUGGACCAGGAGGAGGAGUUGGAGCAGGGGGGAGGGGCGCCAAGUCCUACCAGUGUCCCCUCUGCAAGGAGUCCUUCCGCAAGCGACCAGAGCUCCAUAUCAACCGAACCCUGAAGGAAAUCACGGAACGGUUCAAGGAGAUGGCCAACGCCGGGGUGCCAUGGGAUGGAAGAGAUGGAGGAGGAGUAGAGAAUCCAAACUCACAUCUGCACCAUCAUCAUCACCUGGCCCUGACAUCGUCAUCAUCACUCCAGAGGCCGGGGGAGAUGCCAGAGACAGUCUUGGCUGAGAUGAUGACUCGUUUUCAGAUGCUGUCAACUCCUGUCCCUCACCCCCAAAGCCCCGGUUCAGUCAAUGCUCACCAGUCCUUCCAGGCGCAGAACCAUAAGCCCCAUGACCCACCUCCGCCCUACUCACCUCCACCCUACUCACCUCCCCGCAGGUACACACUGAGCGGCUCCAUUGAUUCUCCCCCCAAUCUGCCUCUUUGCCCCACCCACAUGAGAGGUCUCGAGUUCUUCUGCCGUACCGACAACACCUGUGUCUGCUGCACCUGUGUGGAGACAGCGGAGCACCGAGGACACAAUAUCAUCCCUGCCAAGAGAGAGUGGCACAUCAAGAAGUCCCAGUUAGGUAUCGCAGAGGUGGAGCUGAAGGAUCAAAUCUGUGAGAGAGAGAGGAAAGUGGAGGAAAUACAGAACUCUUUACGAGAGAUACAGGCCGCUGCUGAGAGAGAGACAGAGGGAGCUGUUUGUGUGUUUACAAAGCUGAUCUCCAGUUUGGAGCGCUGCCAAGCUGAAGUCUUGGAGGUGUUAGAAAUGACUCGGCGGGCGGCUGAGCACAAAGCCAAAGGCCUGCUGAGAGAGCUGGAGGAGGAGCUAACUGAGCUGAGAAAGAGGAGAACAACACUGAGCGAGCUGGCUCUGUCUGAAGACUGCGUGUUCUUUCUCAAGACGUUCUCUGCCCUGUCCACCCCUCCACAAGCUAAGGACUGGUCCAAUGUCUCUGUGGUGUCUGAGCUGACCUCAGGGGUGAUCCUCCGGACUGUCAAUCAAAUGAUGGAGCGCUUUCAGGAAGAGAUGCAGAAACUGCCAGAAAUCUGCCAGCGAUCUUUGGCUGUACCCAGGCCCAACCCAAAGGUAAGGAGGGUUCAAGAAUAUGCAGCUGACAUCACUUUAGACCCCAACACAGCCCACCCACGUCUCAUCAUCUCGGCGGAUGGGAAGCAGGUGCACUGUGGCGAACGCCAUCAGGUGGUACCUGACAACCCUGAGCGCUUUGACCGGGUGGUGUGUGUGUUAGCCAGCCAGGGCUUCAACUCAGGACGGCAUUACUGGGAGGUGGAGGUCGGAGGUAAGACUGACUGGGACCUGGGAGUAGCGAGCCGGUCCGUCAAUCGGAAGGGCAAAAUCACUGUAAGCCCUGCCAAUGGCUACUGGUUCCUCAGCCUGCGGGAUCGGACCGACUACGCCUUUCGGACAGAGCCCUCAACCAACCUGACAGUCAACCUCAGACCCUCCCGGAUCGGAAUCUUUGUGGACUGCGAUAAGGGACUGGUGUCCUUCUACAACGUGGAGGCCAGAUUGCUCAUCUAUACAUUCACAGAUAUUUUUUCUGACACCAUCCAUCCAUUCUUCAGCCCCUGUACUAAUAAAUCAGGACGGAAUGAGGCUCCGCUAAUCAUUUGCCCUAUUGCAACAUGGGAAUGAAAUGAGCUUGAGGACGUCUUCACUAAUGAGGAAUGCUUCCACAUGCUUUCAUGUACAUUUAAAGAAGACUGAGUUGCACAAACACACCACUGGAACAGACCACAUCUGCACUUCAUUCCUUCGCUGCGAUAGAGUAGAUAAUAAGCAGGCUGUCUGUUGACUUGUGUCACUGAUGUGGUUGUGUUAUGCGCCAAUAGCAACACUAUUAGACUGAUGUUAGCAGUAGCCGCUUGAAACAAGGUUCCCUGUACAUCUUCCAGCAGCGUAUGGCUAAAUCAGGUGCAAGGACUGAUUAUUUUACAGGCUUUAAAUGUGCAGACUAAUGUUUCAACACCUCUGUGUCUUCACCACAGUCAAAGGUGGUCGUAAGCACCUGUUUAACUUUGGUGGCACCAUUGUCAGUCGACACCUUCUGCGCUGACUCCUGCAGAAGUCUGAGGAUACAUUUUGACAAACUUAGCAGCUAAACUGACCAUUUUAAGGCAUUUUGAAUCAAAAACCGAGAUCAGGGGUUCUGAAAAUGUUGAUGACUGAGUGCCAUGUAGGGAGCCAGCAUAUAAUGAAGGGCCACACAGGAGAAGUGCACACACUAUCACUUUUCUAUUACUUUUUUUAAUGAUGUUUUAUGAAUUUGUUUUUAUGACACACUUUACUGUGACUUUAUUAAUGAUUUUAAAUGAGUUUCUUAUGGCAUACUGUACUAUGACCUAUUUCUAUAAUGUUUUUAUGAAAUGUUCUCACUUACCAAAAACUCUAGCAGUUGACAAUGACACAAGCUACACAAAUAUCAUGUUACAUCCUAGUUUUCCACUUUUUAAUACAUUUGAAAGUCAUGAAAUAAAGACAGUAGGGUGUUUGAUAUUGAUUGUACCUUCCACAGCAGUCAAGCAAUGGCUCCUGCUGGGGUACGGCAACACCACUAGUACACACAACACACAUAACUGCAGUACUCUGUGAUAUUAGAACUGGAAGUAGUUGCAAUUUGUUAUGUUUAUUUAUGAUUAUGAUAACAUUCACUAAUGAUUAUGCCAUAUGGGUGAUUGCCUUUCAGAGCAUAGUAAAUUCUAUUCUUUAAUUAUCAAUAAAUUCGGGGUGACAUUUUGAA